CCACCUCCGUCUGCUUGAUGAUUUACAAUAAUGGCGACGCUUUUAUUUUGAGUGUACUUCUGCGAGUCAUUUGACAAAAUAAAUACAUUUGAGGGAAAAAAAUCAAAUACAUAUGAUAAUAAACGUAGCAGGAAACAAUUAUAUUCCAACAAAAAAGGACUAAGCUACGCUACUUGGCUAAUGUGUUACUUAAGUUGUGGAGGUGGCAUUCUUGCGGAGGCACAAGCGCUAACGUUAGCUAGCAGCUAACAAAGGUCUACAAUUUCGUGACGAUGUGGCUACUUUACAAGCUCUUGGGGUGACACUUUCUUGUGGUCUUGGGACGAAAAACAACUUAAAGGGGAUACUGAGACGUACCAGUUAUUUCCACACCGUUACAGAACAGCGUGUGGAGUGGAAAGUGCGUGCCAUUCAACAGCUUACUUUGUCAGCUAACGUCAACUCGCUAGCUAGCAUUUUGGCUAUCUUGGCUUUGCUUCCCAGUUCACUGCGUUGUUGUUUUUAGUUGGUUAACUUAACGUCUAACAUUCACAUUACGAUACAUUUGACUAACACCUUUGUCGCUAGCGUGUUUCUGCUAUGUUGUUUUUGAACGUUACAGUAAGCAGGCUAGCCACACAGUUCGGCGUGCUACUUGCAAACUAACAAGAUAUUGCUGAAUUGUGUUCUUCUAGACAACAGACCGAUUUUGCGUCGCAAAAUUAUCCUGCGGAACGAACACAGUUAACGUUAGUUAGCAAGCUAGCAUAUUCUGCUAGCUGGCAAUUUGCGAGACCUUUUCGUAAAUGACUACCGGCAGGAAUAACCGUGUGAUGAUGGAAGGAGUUGGUGCAAGAGUGAUCCGCGGACCCGAUUGGAAAUGGGGAAAACAGGAUGGUGGCGAGGGACAUGUAGGCACCGUCAGGAGUUUUGAAAGUCCGGAAGAAGUGGUUGUUGUCUGGGAUAACGGGACUGCAGCCAACUACCGGUGCUCUGGUGCAUACGACGUGAGGAUAUUUGAUAGUGCUCCCACAGGUAUCAAGCAUGACGGCACCAUGUGCGACACCUGUCGUCAGCAGCCUAUCAUCGGGAUCCGCUGGAAGUGUGCUGAAUGCAACAACUAUGACCUCUGCACCACCUGUUACCAUGGAGACAAGCACCACCUGCGACAUCGCUUCUACAGGAUCACUACCCCUGGUAGCGAGAGAGUCUUGUUGGAGUCUCGCCGUAAGUCGAAGAAGAUCACAGCCCGAGGCAUCUUCACCGGUGGCCGGGUGGUGAGAGGAGUGGACUGGCAGUGGGAGGAUCAGGAUGGAGGCAACGGAAGGAGAGGAAAGGUGACAGAGAUCCAGGACUGGAGUGCAGCCAGCCCCCACAGUGCAGCCUACGUCCUCUGGGACAAUGGGGCCAAGAACCUCUACAGAGUGGGCUUCGAGGGGAUGUCGGAUUUGAAAUGUGUCCAGGAUGCCAAAGGAGGCUCUUUCUACAGAGACCACUGCCCUGUUCUAGGUGAGCAGAAUGGCAACAGAAACCCAGGCGGUUUGCAGAUCGGAGACCUGGUCAACAUCGACCUGGACCUGGAAAUAGUCCAGUCCCUGCAGCACGGCCACGGAGGCUGGACAGACGGUAUGUUCGAGACUCUCACCACCACCGGUACCGUGUGUGGCAUCGACGAGGACCACGACAUUGUGGUGCAGUACCCCAGUGGUAACAGGUGGACGUUCAACCCUGCGGUGCUGACCAAGGCCAACGUGGUGCGUAGUGGGGAAGGUGUUGCGGCGGGGGCAGAGGGAGGCAGCUCCCAGUUCCUGGUGGGAGACCUGGUCCAGAUCUGCUACGACAUCGACCGCAUCAAGCUGCUGCAGAGAGGCCAUGGGGAGUGGGCUGAGGCCAUGCUGCCAACCCUGGGCAAGGUGGGCCGCGUGCAGCAGAUCUACUCUGACAGCGACCUGAAGGUGGAGGUAUGUGGAACGUCAUGGACCUAUAACCCUGCUGCCGUCACCAAGGUGGCCCCCACUGGCUCUGCUGUCACCAACGCCUCCGGAGAGCGUUUGUCUCAGCUGCUGAAGAAGCUGUUUGAGACCCAGGAGUCGGGUGAUGUCAAUGAGGAACUGGUCAAAGCAGCAGCCAAUGGAGACCUGGCCAAGGUGGAGGACAUCCUCAAGAGACCUGACGUGGACGUGAACGGGCAGUGUGCUGGACACACAGCCAUGCAGGCGGCCAGUCAGAACGGUCACGUGGACGUCCUCAAGCUGCUGCUGAAACACAACGUGGACCUGGAGGCUGAGGACAAGGAUGGAGACCGGGCGGUGCACCACGCGUCCUUCGGAGACGAGGGCUCUGUGAUCGAGGUGCUGCAGAGGGGCGGUGCCGACCUGAACGCCAGGAACAAGCGUAGACAGACCCCCCUGCACAUUGCUGUCAACAAAGGCCAUCUGCAGGUGGUCAAGACCCUGCUGGACUUUGGCUGCCACCCCAGCCUCCAGGACUCCGAGGGAGACACGCCCCUGCAUGACGCCAUCAGUAAGAAGAGGGACGACAUGCUCUCUGUGCUGCUGGAGGCGGGAGCUGACGUCACCAUCACCAACAACAACGGAUUCAACGCCCUGCACCACGCCGCCCUGCGAGGGAACCCCAGUGCCAUGCGUGUGUUGCUGGCCAAGCUGCCGCGGCCCUGGAUCGUAGAUGAGAAGAAAGAUGACGGUUACACCGCCCUGCACCUGGCGGCGCUCAACAACCACGUAGAGGUGGCCGAGCUGCUGGUUCACCAGGGCAGUGCCAGCCUGGACAUCCAGAACGUCAACCAGCAGACAGCCCUGCACCUGGCUGUGGAGAGACAGCACACACAGAUAGUCAGGCUGCUGGUGCGAGCAGAGGCAAAGCUGGACGUGCAGGACAAGGAUGGGGACACUCCUCUCCACGAGGCGCUGCGUCACCACACGCUGUCCCAGCUCCGCCAGCUGCAGGACAUGCAAGACGUCAGCAAGGUGGAGCCCUGGGAACCCUCCAAAAACACGCUGAUCAUGGGCCUGGGCACCCAGGGAGCAGAGAAGAAGAGUGCAGCGUCCAUCGCCUGCUUCCUGGCAGCUAACGGAGCAGACCUGACCAUGCGCAACAAGAAGGGCCAGUCCCCUCUGGACCUCUGCCCUGACCCCAGUCUCUGUAAGGCCCUGGCCAAGUGCCACAAGGAGAAGUCCAGUGGCCAGGUGGGCUCUCGCAGCCCGUCUCUGAACAGUAACGGUGAGACCCUGGAGGAGUGUAUGGUGUGUUCUGACAUGAAGAGAGACACCCUGUUCGGACCAUGCGGACACAUCGCCACCUGCUCUCUCUGCUCCCCCCGCGUCAAGAAGUGUCUCAUCUGCAAGGACCAGGUCCAGUCCAGAACCAAGAUCGAGGAGUGUGUCGUAUGUUCUGACAAGAAGGCUGCCGUGCUCUUCGAGCCCUGCGGUCACAUGUGCGCUUGUGAAAACUGUGCCGGCCUCAUGAAAAAGUGCGUACAGUGCCGGGCUGUUGUGGAACGCCGCACGCCCUUUGUCCUUUGUUGUGGAGGGAAAGGUAUGGAGGGUGAUGCCGCUGAUGAUGAUGAUGAUGAUGAUGAUGAUGAUGAUGAUGAUGAUGAGGACCUUACAGGUAACUCUAACUCAGCUCUAAUGGCAGGGGGCUCGCUGGAUCUACUCCAGCCCAACAAUCUGGCACUAAGUUGGUCCAGCGGUAACAUCCCGGCCAUGCAGAGAGACAAAGACAACACCAAUGUCAACGCUGACGUUCAGAAACUGCAGCAGCAACUGCAGGACAUCAAGGAGCAGACCAUGUGUCCGGUGUGCCUGGACCGGCUGAAGAACAUGAUCUUCAUAUGUGGCCACGGCACCUGCCAGCUGUGUGGCGACCGCAUGAGCGAGUGCCCCAUCUGCCGCAAGGCCAUCGAGAGGCGCAUCCUUCUGUACUAGAGUCCCAGGCUUCAUUCUGAGCCUUCUACACCCCCACCACCCCCCAUGAGGCCUUUAAGAGGUGCAUCCAUCUGUACUAGAGUCCCAGGCUUGUCUCAGCCCCCCCCCCCCAUCUACAACCAACCACACCAGCUGCUGCUCUCCCAUCUAUCUCGGCGUCUUAACACCAGAAUUACCAAUGUGGCUUCUUUUAAAAAUGGAAACUUUGUUAUAAAACAAUCAAACAUUGUACUGAAAGAGGUCUUGGUCUUGUAGCUCAGCUGAAAGCCUGUAGCAGCCUGAUUCUUUGCAUUUCUCCUCAGAAUGCCCUUUCGCCUCUCUCUCGUUACGCCUCUCUCCCCCUCCCCUCUCUGUUGUUUUCCUGUUUCUUUGUGAGAACGCCUCUUCCUGUUAUCAUUGUGGUGGGGUUAUUGGCACACAUCCCAACGCUGCCCUGUGUUGACCUUGGGAUAUGGACUGAGGGAUAUGGUCAGAGCCACUUAGUCCCAUCUCCAAGGUCCUAUUCAUUAGGGCACGCUCUGUCUCUCCUGUCGAAGGGCUGCCCCUCCUGUCGAAGGGCUGCCCCUCCUGUCGAAGGCCGCUGCCUCCUGCCUCUGAUGCUAAACCUAAAACCUAAAGCCCAUUUAUCAUUGAUUCUAUUUGUAUUUAUUAUGCAAGAGUAUUGGUAAUAGAUGCUACUGACGUGGGUAUUCACUACUUUUGUAGUUUACUCAACAUUUCAUGAUGGCUACAAUAUGAUGACAUAUUUGUAUACAUGCAAAAAAUGCGAUGUCCAGCACUUUUACAAGUUCAGCCAGUCUUCUGCUACACGUGCAUAUUUGAGAUGGGUUGUUGUGACAUGUUGGGGGUUUUGGCAAUGAGGCCCUUUAUUUCCCCAGAGUCAGAUGAACGUGUGGAUACCAUUUUUAUGUCUCUGUGCAGUUUGAAGGAAGUUGCUAACUAGCGCAAUUGCUAACGAGCUUUAGCGCAAUGACCUGAAGUCUGCGUAAUAUGCUAGCAGAUACAAUAGACUUUCAGUCAUUGUGCUAAUGCUAGUUAGCAAUGGAUCGCUAAAACUACCUCUAACUUCCUUCAUACUGGACACAGACAUAAAAAUGGUACCCACAAGUUCAUCGGACUCUGGGGCACUAGACAAAGGUCAUUGCCAAAAUCCCGAAGUAUGCCUUUAAGACCUGCACAGGGCAGGUUAGCACGCUCUCUAGGGAGGAAAAACUGCUGAUUGAACAAAAGCAAAAUUGCUGUUCUGUUUGUCUAGACUUUGGAGGUCCAAAUCCACCUUAACUCUGACUGACUGAUAAGGUGGUGACACCGCUGCAGUCCAAUCGUCUGCUAACACCUCAUCACAUGUACCUUGUUUACCAACCCCUCUCUCUGGAGAAACACAGACAGGCCAGGCAGUAUAACACCUUUGGUCUGCAAUUGUUAAUACUUAAGUACAGUAGACCCAGUAUAGAUGCAAGUCAAGACAGUGUUUCAUUCAGCCUACUUAUAAGUGAAUACUAUCAUGUACCUGCUGGACAUUUCUGAGGAUUAAUUAACUUAAUUGCAUUUGUACAAACAUAGUAUGUCAUCAUGUAUGACACAAGUUGCUUUAGAGAUGUUCCAAGACUAUAGAUGGUAUUAUCUGUCUGGUAUACAACCAUCCUAUGAUUCUUAUAAGCAUCGCUAAUAACCAUUGAUUAUUCAUGUGCCAUUGCUUCCAAAAAUGAUUUACCUGUUACAUGUUGUUUGGGGAUAAGGUGCUCUUAAUCUGGUAUUGCUUUUAUUUAAAUGCAUUUGCUGAAUUCUUGUAAUAAACGCAUUUAUUGAGCUAGAGUGUACAAUCUAAUAGAAAGCCAAGAUGAUAAAAUGUAGAGUAAAUUAUUUUGUAUUGCUGCCCACAAAUAGGAUUUAGAAGUGUAUCUCUAUAGAGCCUUACCUAUAAUGUAAUGUAGCUGCCCACUCUCACCCACACAUCCUGUUUCAAUAUCAAUGUUGAAAUGUGGCUUUUAGUUUGAUAGACUUCAAGCAAAAAAAACACUAAGCAUUAUUUUAUCUUGUUUUGUCUAACAUGUUCAGAGUCAGUAAUGAGACUGGUGAUAAGGGAGACAAUUUUGUCAGGUUUUACAUGUAUUCUUCUACCAGUGUUUUGGGGGAUAGAAAGAAAAUGGUUCCACUGGUAAAGUUGACACUAAUAAGGCAGAUCCCUCUGUGUGGAGCCAAGCUGUUCACCUUGCUAUAAGCUGACCAGCUUGACCACGCAAAUAAGCAAUUUUAUAGGAAAGAAAGAAAAGUAGCUUCAUACUUUUUUACUACCUGUUUUUAUUUCACCGAUCGCGUUAACGAUCGCGUUAACAUUCUAAAAGCACUAAUAUUGCUUUAUGGUAGUAUUGUCUUGUUAGUUGUUAUAAAGGCCUAUUUUGUACCUUAUGUUCAAAACUUAUUAUACCUGUCAAGAUUGAAAGGUUUCAGUAGUAUUCUUUCCUUUUUUAGGCAUGAAUGUUUCAUUUAUGCAGUACGACAUGCAUUAUAAAAGCUGGUCACUCUGUAUUACUGAAAGUGCUUUUCAAACCACUGUGUAACUGAAAUAAAGUUCUGAAUGAAUCUUUAGACCU